AUAAGAAGUUUGGUUGAUGAAUCAUUUGGAUAGAUUACCUUCAGUAUCCUCGCGGAGCGCUGGAGGAGAUUAGACACUCGCUGGUGUUGCUAGGGCGCCAUCUUCAGUUUGGACCUGGAACUGCUAGUCGAGUCAUUUCACUAUUGUGUGCUAUAUUCUAAACAACAUUAUACAGGAGUUAAUUCUGACAAAGUUCAGACUGGACAAGAAGCAUUCCAUGAGUUCUGAAAGAAAUGGCGAUCCCCACAUACAGUUAUGAACAAUUCAGUAAACUGCCGUCUUAUAAAUUGUUAAUAUUCUAGGUAAACCUUGUUGUCUCUCACCGAUGGAGAACUCGUUGCAUGUAACGUUUUCCCGGGCUCUCUGUCUUUUAAAGGUUGACAUAUUUGAAUGACGCAAUGAAGAGAACACACAGCGAAUAUGAUAGACGACACAUGAAUGCGCCAAAAUUCAGGGUGUGGAAGGAGGCAGUAGUUAGGGGAGGAGAGGAGAGAACGUCCUGUUCAUAAAACGAAACUUAAGGGUCAUAAUUAGAAACUAAAGCCACCCGCCGUGGAAGCAGUUCUCUAUUUCAGGAGAAAGAAUUAUCAAUAUUUGGAAGAAUAGUCUGACAGGCAUAAACCACAACAAGGAAUGGCCUCUGCUACUUCCUGGUCCGAAGAGAACUUUUCAUGUUCCAUCUGUCUGGAUGUAUUCGACAGCCCAGUUACCACCGCAUGUGGACACAACUUCUGCAGAACCUGUAUAACUAAGGUCUGGGAUGAACAAGUCCAGCACAAAUGUCCUCUUUGCAAUGAGCUUUUCCGCACAAGACCUGAUUUACGGAUCAAUACCUUCUUAUCAGAGUUGGCUACUCAGUUUAGAACGUCUGAACGAGUAAACAAGCAGCAUUGUGUCAAACCAGGAGAAGUUCCCUGUGACUUCUGCACUGGGACCCAGCUGAAGGCCGCGAAGUCCUGCCUGAUGUGUCUUAUCUCUUACUGUCAAACCCACCUGGAGCCACAUCAUAGAGUCGCAGGCCUGAAGAAACAUCGGCUGGUCGAGCCUAUGGACCGUCUGGAAGACAGGAUGUGUAAGAAACACAAUCAACUACUGGAGCUCUUCUGCAGGACUGAACAGGUGUCUGUGUGCCAGUUCUGCACAGAGGAUGACCACAAGUCCCAUCCUAUUGUACCGCUAAAGGAGGAAUAUGAAGUGAAGACUGCCCAGCUUGGGAAGAUUGAGGCUGAAGUUCCACGGAUGAUCCAGGAGAGAAAACUAAAGAUUCAGGAGAUCAAAGAGGCAGACAGACAGAUCAAUGCUCUGAUAAGCCGUGUUGAAAAGUGGCGGGAUGAUUUCAACAAAACAAUUAAAGAGAAACGGAAAUCCACAAAGAAACAAACUGAGGACCUCGUCAAAGAGCUGGAGCCGGAGAUAGAAGAUCUGACUAAUAGAAGCUCAGAAGUGAAGCAGCUCUCACACACCAAAGACCACCUUCACUUCCUCCAGGCCUUCAGAUCCCUGAAGGGUCCUCCACCCACCAGGGACUGGACGACGGUGGAGGUCCGUACUCAGUCAUACAUACGUACCAUAAGGAGUUCCCUGGAUCAGCUGGAGGAGACACUGAACAUGGAGAGGAAGAAGCUGCCUCAUGAUGCUGAACUGAAGAGGGUCCAGCAGUAUGCAGUAGAUUUGACUCUGGAUCCUGAUACAGCUCAUCCCGAGCUCAUCCUGGAUGGGAAAGGAGUACAUGAUGGAGGUUUAAAGAAGACACUCCGACACAGCUUAAAGAGAUUUGUAAAUUGUUUAUGUGUUGUCACAAGGCAGCGCUUCUCCUCAGGGAGAUUUUACUUUGAGGUCCAGGUUAAAGACAAGACUGCAUGGUGUUUAGGAGUGGUCAGAGCUUCGCUCAGCAGAAGUGGUUGGAUCAUAUUGACCCCUGAGACGGGUUGUUGGACUCUCUUCUACGACAAGGAUGGGUUGGUAUUUAGAGACGACCCUAAUGUCCGUCUCCCUCUGAGAGCUGCGCUCCAGAAGGUGGGGGUGUUUGUUGAUUAUGAUGAGGGUCUGGUCUCCUUCUAUGAUGUGAAAGCCAGGGUUCUUAUAUAUUCUGCUACUGGUUGCACCUUCAGUGAGCCUCUCUAUCCAUACCUCCGUCCCUGUUCAGGUUAUGGAGGUACAAACUCUGCCCCCCUGAUAAUCUCACCUGUCAAUAAAACAGUCUUUUGAUAAUAAAAUAUUAAAACGACCAAAACACCAGAAUUCCUGAAUUUAGAAUCUAUGCAAGAUCUGACAUAUCUGCAUUAGAAGAUCUUGAAGAAUAGCACCCAUUAUAAGGAUAAGAAUAAACUAAAGUAGAUAUGUGUCUGUUUUUGCUUUCACGUUUAAAGCUAUACGAUUGUUGCAGUUACGUAGAACAUGUUUAGAGGAUAAAUUUUUAUAAAUAACCUCAGUUUUUUAAAUUUCUAUUGGUUUUAACUUCUGACUAGUGAAUAACACAACAAUCCAUUGUUCUUACCUUUGUGAUUUUAAUAAAAGGAAAAGUCAAAAAAU